AUGAAGGACAUCGUGCCGGAAACUUUUUCAAGAACUUUCAACGACAAGAGGUCUAAUUUAUUGGGAGCGCCGAUGGAUGUGACAACGAAUCAGGAGGAUUUUCUUCAGAGGAUCAUCGAAGAAGCAUGCGAGGAGUCGAGGAGAAGGAUAACGCAAACAGCUAGAAGGAAAAACGAGGAGUGCGCCGAGCAGAAGAGAGCCGAUUACAAGGAUAGCAAGAAAGAGCUUAGGCCAGCUAUCUUCUCGAGUAAGAGGCUGGCCUGGAAGAAGUUUACUGCCAUCCUUGACCGUGAUCCAUGGGGCUUGCCAUGUAAAAGGGUCAUAGCCAGACUCAGAAGUAAUAAGUCGUGUGCAAGCCUUGGAAAGGAACAGGCAGCGAACAUAAUCGGUAAUCUCUUCUUAACAGUGGACAUUGGUGCUUCGAGGUACGGCGUUACCGAAGAAAUCGGCGGUGGGACGCCCGGAGCUGGGAACACGAUCCAUAUGGAGAACUUAAAAGAAGCAGUCGGCCGCCUAAACGUAAAGAAGGCCGUCGGUAUAGACAGGAUCCCGGGAAUAGUCAUCAAGUUUAUCUACGAACAUGGAGCGCAGGAUCUGCUGGCCAUGGUCAAUGCUAUUUACGAGAUUGGCAGAAUACCGGCCAAAUGGAAAGUGGCCCGGCUGAUCUUGCUGAAUAAACCCGGGAGGGAUCCCAGACUCUCCUCGUCGUACCGACCUAUCAGCAUUCUACCGGCGAUGAGUAAGGUCUGGGAGUAUACCUUCAAGGCGGUAAUCAAGAAGGAACUGGGUAUGGACCCGUUUCAUCGAAACCAAUUUGGGUUCCGCAAGGGGAAAGGCACCAUCGAUGCUAUCACACAGGUUUUGGUGGACCCGUUGCUGUGGAACUUAGUGUACGACAGCCUAUUAGCCAAAUUCGACAAUCAACCGAAUGUGCGAGUGAUCGCAUUCGCGGACGACCUUGCUGUCAUGGUGGGCCUGAAGAAAAAGGAAAGCGUGGAGGGUACACUGAACCUCCACAUGCAAACGACCAUCAGAUGGAACAAGAAUUCGGGUCUCCAGAAAACAAGGGAUAAAACGGAAAUUAUUUUGUUGACGGGAAUGAGAGUUCCAAGGAGUUUUGGCAUUACCUUGGCGGGGAUGACGCUAUGCACGCACGAAGCAGUGAAAUAUUUAGGUGUGGUGCUCGACAGUAGGAGGAAUUUUUAUAAGCACAUAGAGGAGGUUUGUGCUAGAGCGGAUGCGUUGGUAGGGGCUAUCAAAGUGCUCCUGCCGAAUGUAAACAGCCCCUCCAAUGCCUGCAGGAAAUUGUACUAUCAGGUAUGGGAGUCGGUCGUACUAUAUGCCUCUCCGGUGUGGGGAGAUGCGCUGAAUAAGAGCAAGAUAGUUGACGAGUUUCGCAGAGCGCAGAGAAGUUCCUCGACUGCAUAUAGGACAGUCUCGCACGCGGCGCUGUGCGUGCUGUCGGGGACCAUUCCCAUUCACAUUAUGGCGCGUUGGCCUAUCUUUGUGGCCAGAAAAUCGGUGCGACCUAAUCUUGAGGAUCCAGAGGGGUACUCCAAUCAGCUACGAAUGUUCGAAGAGGAAGCGGUGGAGGCGUGGAAAACGGAAUGGUCCAGAUUGAAAACAGACGUUAACAUUCCUGAUGAAAUAGUACCAGAUGUUGACAAUAAUAGUGUGAGAAAAGUCCGACAUCGAUUAAACACAUUUGGAUCAAAAGAAAGAGUUGCAAGGAAGAUGUUCAAGACCAUGAACAGAAACAUAAGGAUUUAUGGCAUUGCUGAGUGA